UCCUCGCCUCAAAGCCUCCGAAAUGGCUAGGGUUUUGCCCACCCAAGCUUACUCGCUCGCUCUAAUGGCGGUCUCCUCUAAAUCAACGAGUCCCAAAGCUUUAACGGCCAGCGAAGUCCGAGUUCCUGUUGAAUCCGAGAAAAGCUAGAUAUGGAUUCAAUUUGCUGUUAGAUUCUUUCUCCCUUCGUGUGACCUCUGCUUCUAGUCAUGAUAAGCCUCCGAUAUCUUCAAAGUAUCGGUCCUUCGAAAAUGGUGAGCCAAGUGAGCAGUGCUAUUGUUUCUCCAGCUGUUUCUGGGGAAGUUUUUGGUUUUCAGAAAUGCCCACCCCUCCUGUUGCAGAAAAAUCGAAAUUUUCACAGUGUUUCAGUCACCCCACCGGUGCUCUGUAUCCAGAAACACCCAUUGUUUCGCCCACAGAAAAGCCCUCUCCUUUGGGAUUCACGAGCUGCGAGACUUCAGAGCACAGGAUUGUUUGAUUUUGGAAGAAGAUGCAAUAGUUGCAGUAAUUUGCCUGCCCAAACUCUGAAUGUUUCGAUGGUCAACAGAUUGCUAAAUCAGCAGCAGAACCGAUCCUUCUCUACUACUCAAGCUGCGUGCAGUGAUGUCCCCGUUACGGUCAUGGAUGGAAAACCAUUGUCUGAUGGUCACACUGCAUCUCGAAUCUCUCGAAUGGAUCGAAUUGAUGCCCAAAAUGCUCUCUUUGAAUACCUUCAUGGUACCAGGAGCUUGCAUUUUACCGAUGCUGAACACAUGAGCAAAAAUUCCCCUGUAUUUCUCCAGAAUCUGAUUGCAAAAGUAGAGAAUGAGUCUGAUGUUGGACGCUCACUUACAAGAUUUCUUCGCUACCAUCCUAUCAAUGAGUUUGAACCAUUCUUCGAGAGUUUGGGGUUGAAACCAUCAGAGUUGUAUCCCCUUCUUCCCCGGAAUCUAAUGUUUCUUAGUGAUGAUGAUGUCUUGUUUGAGAAUUACCAUGUUCUUUGCAAUUAUGGAGUUCCUCGUAGUAAGAUUGGCAAGAUGUACAAGGAAGGGACUGAGAUGUUUAGAUUUGGUUAUGGUAUCUUAUUAUCAAAGCUUCAAGCUUAUGAGAAACUUGGCCUGACCAAACCCACCAUUAUCAAGUUGGUUACAUGUUGUCCAGAACUCUUAAUUGGUGAUGUAAAUGUUGAAUUUCUUCGAGUUCUUCAGAAAUUGAAAAGUUUAGGGGUCGAGCUGGAUUGGAUCAGAGGAUGUUUAUCAGACAAGAGCAUGUACAAUUGGAGUCGAAUACUUGAAAUGCUGAAUUUUCUUGAUAAAAUGGGUUGUCACAAGAAAGUUUUGGCUAGGCUAAUUAAAGAACAUCCCAGAUUUAUUUUUGAUGAUUCUGGAAAGAAGAUCUAUAUACUAGUUGCAAUGUUGUUGAAGUUGGGUCUUAAGAUGAACAAUAUUUUAACUUUAUUUGUGCAGUACCCUCGAAUUCUGAUUGGAAAUUUCUCAAAUAAUUUGGGGAGGUCUGUGCAAUUUUUAGCUGACAUUGGGAUGCAAACAGAGGACAUUUCAAGGAUAGUGUCUUCUCAUGCUCAAGUUUUAGGUUUUUGUUCUUGUAAGAGGCCUAAAGUUGUACUGAGAAGCUUAAAGAUAUCCCCUGAAAAGUUGUGUGAAAUAAUUAAGGAGGAUCCGAGUCAGUUCUGUGAUUUGGCUUCUAGAAAAAAGAUUGGAAUUGUAAAUUUGCCGAGAGUGGAUGGAACUUUUCUGCAGGAGAAGACCAAUUUCUUAUUGAAACUUGGGUUUGUUGAGAACUCAGAUGAGAUGGCGAAAGCACAGUACAAGUUCCGAGGCAGAGGAGACCAGCUGCAGGAGAGAUUUGACUGCUUAGUGAAUGCUGGGUUAGACUACCACACAGUUUCAGACAUGAUCAAAUUAGUUCCUUCGAUACUCAAUCAAUCCAUAGACAUAAUUGAGAAGAAGAUUGAUUAUCUUCUAAACCAUUUGGGUUAUCCUCUGGAGUCCCUUGUGGCUUUUCCAACAUUCCUUUGCUACAGCAUGGAUAAGAUAAAGCUGAGGUUUUCAAUGUACAGUUGGCUUAAGGAGCAAGGAGUAGUGAUACCUACCAAAAACAGGAAGAUGGUUAGGUCCACAGUGGCCUUGAGCACUAUUCUUGCAUGCUCUGAUGCACGAUUUGUAAAAUACUUCGUAGUUCUCCAUCCUGAAGGGCCAAAGGCAUGGGAAAGGUUGAAAAGCUAAGUUUCUUCAAGCUGAAGGGUGUUCUUGUCUUUUAAAUGGAAACAUCAUCUUUCAGAAUAGAGUGACUCUCCUUCAAGCAGAUACUGCUUGUGACUCUUUUAACAUAAGAUUCCUGUGACAGUUGGGCUAGCGAUAAUGAUGGUGCAAUUACUUGUUCCUUGGUUCUAUGACUUCCAAUGGAUGCUCGAUGGGGCCAUCUACCUCUGAUAUUUGCUUUGCCUGUACUCCAUCAGAAGAAUAGCAUCAUCUGUAAAGGAUGGAGCCAUACAGGGUACACAGAAGAUGGAGUUUUUCAGCAUAACUGCCUCUAGGUUGGUUUCGGUUAUGUGACAAACCAGUCAGGUGUCCUUUUUUCAGUUGGUUACCUGUUAUUAAAACAGAAGUUGGUAAAACUCGGGACUAGCAGUUGUAUGCAGUUCUUGUGACUGGACAACUUCCCCAAAUUUUUCAUGCAAUGUUAUCAUCUUUAAAUGGUAAAAUCAUUUUUUCAGGGAAAAAGUAUGCACAUUAUUCUUCA